GAGAGAGCGCUGCUGGUGAGCAGCAACAAGCAAAGGAGCAAGGAUCUUCCGAGACUGUUCCGACGGCGGACGCUGCAGAAGCCGACGAUAUUAAUGUUGACCCGUUAACAGCGCCGGUUAUCUAUGUGCAGUUGGUGCAGAUUGCGUUCGCGAUGUAUGUUGGGCACGAGACUGCACGACUUGUGCAAGGACAGUGGAGCAACACUGACAGCGCACGAAUGGUGUCGGUGGGAAGAGCAACUUCUAGAGGGACAGCAGGAGGAGACCACAAACGACCUGGUCAUGUCUUCCUCAGCGAGAGGUACGCCAGUGAGGUUCGGGAAUUCUUUGCUGGUACUAGCGCUACUGCAAAUACUGGAGAACAGCAGUUCUUGUUGCCGUCUGGAGAUGAGAUGAAACAAGACAAAGCCCGCACCAGUGCACUUUUCUCAGCCGUUGCCAGCUCGAAACAGCAGCCAGGGGCAGAGGAGGCAUCGGCAACACGCUCUUCUACUGCCGGUGAAAAAGCCGAAACUGAAGAUGACGGGCAGCUGCAGUCUCCGCGACUCCGCGCUAAGUUGAAGGAUACAGCCAAAAAGGUCGGCGAGAAUGUAAGACAAGCCGGGCGCAGGUUUGGUGCGCUCACUAUGCAGCGCAUCCUGGGCGCCUCUACUCCAACUGGCGCAAGUGGCAAACACAGCACUGUUGGGUUCUUUUCAAGAUCUUCCGAAGAAGGCGCACCUCCCGAGGCUGUUUUUCUUCCUGGCGAUGAACUACCCUCUACCUUUGGUCCAACCGCCAUCGCGAGCGGUGUGAGUGCGACUUUAGAUCCCGACUUCCUGAAAGACGCAAUUACGCUUCACGAGGAACUGGAGCUUCAACCUGGAAAAAUUUGCCAACGGUUCCAUUUAGAAGCGUACGAAUUGGAACGAGUAUUGAAAUUCGACCCGUCAAACCCGGUUGCAAGGUGGUUGCUUAACGGUGGGGAAGAUGAAAAUGAUAAGGCGGACAAGAUGAGCAGGAGCACUGCAGUACAAUUUCUCAGCGAGGAGGAAAGCAGUUUACGAACGUAUCGUGAUGCGCUUCUGCGUCCGCUUACAGCAUCUGUGCAUAUGUGGAGAGGACACCACGGGUUUCACUCUUCUCUAUCCUCUCGUCGUUCAUCGUCCACCCGCGGGCACCUGCCGAGUACCUCCCUGCUCGCUCUCCCCCCAUCGCUUCCUGCUGUUGAAGGAUUUGUUGGACUACGGGGGCAGCUCCUCACCGCACGUGGAACAAGUAUCGGACGACGUGGAACAAGUAUCUUCGGUCACACCAGAAAUACGUUCGCCAAAGAACAAGGCCUCGUCUCAACAUCAAACCCUGCUGGAGCCGCCACGGCAGAUUUGAUCUUGACCGGAGUGAACGUCCAAAAGCAGCCAGGAUAUGUGGAUGAGGCAGUGUCAAGCGACGAAAGCAACCGCGCCGUAGAAAAUCAGUCCGUCGGAAGUCUCGUUGUCAAAAUUCCCUUCACGUCGCUCGCGCAACAAGUACGGAAAAAUAGCAAUCUUUUUCACGACCAAGAGAACAACUCUCGUCUUCCCACCGGUACUAUGAAAAAUGCUGUCGCAGCCGUUGCCGCGCUGGAAAUGUCCACCAUGAAAACUUUGUUUGGGUUCUCGUUGGACGAGCAAAAUCAGAUGAUUGCCGAGAAGGCAGGAGUGAAACGAGAAGCAGAAGGAGGUCAUGGCAGUAGCAACUUUUGGUCGUCCAAAGCGCUGGUGCUCUGGAACGGCUAUGACGAUAAACACGCAGCUCCUGAUGUUCCUAGAACCACUUCACAGAAUCUUCAUGAAGCAGACGGGCAGCACCAGCAGCAAGCAGUCCGUGGUAGUGGUAGUGUGCCGACUUCGGGCACAACGCUCAAAAGAAGUGGCAUUCUUUCUACUUCCACCGCUGCCAGCCGAUACAAAGUCUUUCGGAAAGCGGUCAGAAAAGCUCUCAUUGCGGUGAUUCGCCGCAUUCAGAAGAGGAUUCAGGCCGAAAUGGAGCCACCAGUUGCAGUAGUACCAACGGAACACCAAGCGCAGCAGUCCUGGCACAGUCGCUUCACGUCGUCCUUCUUCUCAGGCGCAGGCCAGCGCAACACUGAAAAUGACCCGAAUCAUGGAGCACCUGGCACGGCAGGAGAUCCCGAACAGAAUCUCCCCGAGGGCCACCAGGUGACGAAGGCCGCCGUGGGCCUAUUGACGGCUACGCUGGAGGUAUGCAAGGAAAAAAGUGCGUAAGUGCAAUUCUGUAAUGCAGAGCACGCAACACAGUUACACUUGUCAUGCUGGCCAGCCAUAGCGUCCUCUUUGCAUACGUGUUUUCACGUACUAGCUGCGCACGACAGGCUUUCUCUGUCAUACAGAACAAAUUUGUCAUGCCAUCACUCCAAGACACUAACACACUUUUUUUCUUGGAUAGGAGGAAAUCGCCGAGUCUGUGCACCGGGUGUACACGAAGUUGCAAAGUGCGGAUCAGGGUUUGGCCAAAACCCUUACCGACUUACAGAUGACGGUUAUACCGACAAACGAACCCUUUGCAGUUUUUGGAGAUACAAAGAGAAAGCCAGAGGCCGGUGCAAGAAGUGGAGCUGCUUCUCGACGGCGUCAGGAGGACCCUGUUGCAGCUCAACGGGAAGAGGACUAUGCCGCAAUGGAGAAGGAGUUGGACGACUUUGAAAAAAACCUGAAAGAGCUGCUCGCGAAGGACGAGCUUAUGCAUGGCGCAGCAGGUGCCGGUGCGGCUUCUUCAGUCCCAUCGACAACCAAAGCUGGUGGGGUACACGGAGCAGCGUCCUCUUCUGCAGCCCGCAGUAGAGACAUGUUGUUGAAUCAAGGUUCUUCAUCUUUGCACUUCAACUACGGACAGCAGGAAAUGCAAAUUCCUCCAACAGCAGCGGACCACGCUGUGGAACUACUGACCGAGUUGAAAAGCCUGCUAAAGUCCUACGACCAGGUCAUAAACCGCAGCGCGUUUGCUAUGGCGCGUGACCUCUUUCGUGCCUGGUCGCAGUACUUACCUGUUCUGCUCUCUCUUGGUGCUGGAACUGCGACGAGCGGCGGAAUAAUGGGCUCGGAAGACUUUGCGAUCUUGAGCGGGGGUACGGGCGUCGCGGUCAGUGGCCUGCAGGAGCAGCUCGAGCAAACCGCUGGACUGGAUUUUGAGGCAAGUUCUGCGAACGGUGAGGCCACAGGGUUUCAUGAGCUUCACACCGAAAUCCAAAACACUCUGCGAGAUCUUUUCGUGCGCACCCACACGAUAGUUGUUAAUAAACAACCAGGCGAUGGCGCCCACGGCGAAGGCCACAUGCAGAUCCAGCUUCACCUUCCGGGCACUGCGCACGACCUCCUCAAAUAUGCUGAUACGAGUUUGGACAGGAAGGGCAGCAGCGCGACAACUGCAGGAACUGCAACUCCAGCCGUUGAUCCACAGAAGACCAUGACCGAGAACGCGAGCAAUUUGCGCCGGAAAAUUUCAGACUUUCUGAAACAGACUCUCGAGAAGAAGCUGGAGGAAAGCGAAAAAGCGGUUGCAGAAUUAGAAACGCGUUUGGAGGUGGAUCUGAGAGAACGGCGAGACGCCCGCAUCCAGCAACUCACUGGGGAGAUGCACAGCAAGGAUAACAGUCUAGCGCGAGGCCAGGCGAUGGAAUUCGUUAACUGGUUCUAUGGAAGAGGCAUGGAGUCGAAAAUGUCGGAAAGAGCCCCGCUUAACCCCACGCUGUUGAAACGAGCGGGAGAACAACAGUACUUGUCGAAGCGGGACCGGAAACCAAAGACCUUUCAGCUUCCAGCGGAGUAUCCGCUGAAUCAGCUGAGAACCGCGAUUCACGAGUACAAAGCCGGGCUCGACAAAAAGCGCGAGGAGAUCCUGCAGAAGAAAAUGGACGAGCGAGACCAGUUUCAACUGGCGACGCUCUGGCCGACGAUUCCUGAUGAAAUGCAAAUAGGAACGUCGGAUCAAGAAUACCAAGCAAAGGAGGACAAGUACAACUUUACUGCUCAUCGAUUUCGAUUCGCAUUCGUCUAUCAUUGAUUCGUCUCUCCGUAAUAUCUUUUUGAGAAUGGCUAUUCUGAUACCAUUUUGCUCCAGAAUGAGAACGAGCUAGCCUCGCUCGGUACAUUAAACAUUGCUUUUGAUUUAGAUUUGCAUUGCGCCCAGUGCUGUAGCUCUAGCUGUACAUAGGAAAACGAGCACUAUGACGUGAUUGACGCUGUACAUUGGGGGCGUGACUGGCGAUUCUGUUUUAUCAAAUUUCCUUCCAUCGUCCACCCAUAAACUCCACAGGACAUGGCUGGUGCUCCGUGCGGACGCGCUCCGGAUGAUGAUCAAACAGGAGAUCGAGGAACGCACCAUUCCGCUGCUGGAGGAACAGAUUGCCAAAGCAGGACUGCUCGACUCCCACCGGCACACCGAGCAGGACAAGGAGCUACACAGCCUGCAAGGCCGUGACCUAAAAUUGCUGAAAACCACGUGGAAAAGGGAGUACGACCGAACCAUUUUGGUUGACAACCUGGAAGACGCUACCAUCGCGCAGGACGUGACCAUGCAGAAUCUCGAGAAGGAACGACAACGCGUGGCUUCGCUGCGAGACCGGCGGAAAAAACAGCAAGACUUUUUGCAGCAGCUGCAGCGGAACUUGGAGUAUUUGGUUGGGGAGUUGAGGACCACGCUCGGCGCGAAGUUCGACGCUGACGUGGAUCCUAGCCCGUUUCCGCAAGAGAAGCAAGCGGAACGGACCAAUGUGAAGGAGAAAUUAGAUGAGCGCCUGGACGACCUGCGAAACCCAGAGCGAAUCCAAUUUCGGGCUGCCGAGCUGUACGACUUUAUGCAAAACGUGGUGAGGACCUUCGAGCGACCAAAGAAAAUCAAAAACGGUGCAAACAAGGGACUGUUGGUCCUGAAAAAGUUCUUAGUCGAAUUUUACGACGAUCACGACGAGGACGACGAGAAGAUGCCCAAUGUGGAAAACCUCCAAACUUUUCCAACGCUUGUGGAUGCGUUGCGCGAAGGUCUUCUAGAAAAAGCACAAAAUGUGAAGGAGCAGUUGCAAACCGUAGACAAAGACGUGGUCGAGCUGCAAGCCGAGCGGAAAAUUUUGGAAAAAGACUGGAUGCCAAGACUAGAGAGGAGAGUCAGCAAGUACGAAACCAAAACGCAAGAGGACGAGGAUCCAAUUGUAGAUGAAUUGCGGAAGAAACUUUCUGUCUUGGAUGAAGAGAAAAAAGCAAUCCUCGACAAGCAGAUGCAGGGGGGCGACAAACAAGAUAUCGAGCCGAAUGAUUUGGAACACCAGAUUCAAACCGCGGCUGAAAAGAUCAGUGACUACCUGAUCAAGAACUUCAUGACCCCGUUAAUCUGGCAGCAACUGCAACACGGGAAGAAACUCGAGGAAACGAAACUCGUUCUCGGCCAGUUUGGCAAGGCGGAGCAGAAACGCGUGGAUUUUCGCAAAGAGGAGAUGAAUUGGGCCUCCGAAUUCCGGUUUUUGGACCACGAGUUUCAAUUUGUUGCGAAGAAAUGGUCUUUGACAACCGGCUCCCAGCACGCGGACGAGCAAGCGGUAUCUGUGGAAAAGCACGUCGCGCAGCUGCGGCAUGUGGCUAAAACGCGCAUGAAAAUGCGCUGGGAGGAUAAAGAAAAGGAAAUACAAUUACCACCAGGGCAGGAUAUUGAUAGCGCGACCAAAGGUGAUGCUGAAGAUGAUGAUGGACCACUACAACAUCAUGAGCGGACUGGUGCGCAGCUGCUGGCCACAGCAAGAAACACGCGACCGCGCACCCCAUUGCGGGCGUUCUACGAGAACAUCCAGGAGCAAUACACGUUGGGUAGGUUUGUGAAUACGGUGACCAUUGCCACUAGAUUGACGUCUUUGUGGGGUUUGCAACGAUACUUCCUUUCGAGUGAGGAAGAGCAGAGCCAGUUUAUGAUUACGGGCCCACCACCAGCCGCGGGGGAAGGCACUAGCAGAACCGCAACGAUGAGCCAAAAGCAAAGCACUGCAGUUGCCAAUAAAUUGGAACUCCCCACCGUGGCGAACACGGUGGAGUCGUUUCGAAAAAUUUUCGGUAGCUCCACCUCAAAGACGUGGAAUUACGACGAGCGGCAGUUGCGGUCGAUGAGCCCUGACGAGCGGCAGUUGCGGUCGAUGAGCCCUUACAUUUUAGCCAGCUUUGACCGUAACUCACACGCAGCGGCGAGAGAAAUUGGAAGUUGUCUUGACUUAGUACAGGACGAGCUGCUUGAAGCGCGGAAAAAACUUGGCGAAGCAUCAACAUCACGGGGCCCUUUACAAUCCCUUUAUGGAGAAGAGGAGGACGAAGAGGAGCCCGAUGUAGGCUCGAUGGCUUGCGCCGCUGUUGCCCAGAAGCCGUUGCCUAAACCGGCGGCUACUAGAGUGUCGGGUACGUUCGCCAAGUUCACCGGGCGACAAGACAUUCCGGUUACUGCAGUUGGAUCAUCCGCCAGUAGUGCUCGUCCCGUGUUCGCGCCAGCAAGCAGAGCCGCAACCUUCACGGUCGAAGCGAAAAAGGGGCUGAAAAAAGAUGAUCUCAGUUUGGAAUCGCAAUCGAUUCACGCAAGGCGCAGUUUGGAAAAAGUGUAUUCCGCGUCCGUCCUGGAGGAAAGAAACGUCGCUGUGAAGGACGAGAGCAUACGACUCAGUGGGUCGAGCAGCAUUUCCAAAUUCUUCCAAAGUCCGCUCGAAGUAGAGUCUGCUGGCGGUGCGAGGAAGGCGGUAGGAGGAAAGCCGACUUAUGCGGGUACUAACUUCUUGAGACGUUUCUGUUGCCUUGUAUGUUCUUCCGUGAAGGUCAAUUUUUCACUUCGGCUUUUGCCACUGGUACUGCUUUGCUUUAGAUUCAUCAAUGCAGGUGAGAGUACCACGUACAGAUACGCUCAUACAACAUUACGUAAAAGUAACUACUUUACUUACAUUAACAUUGCUCAGCACGACCGGUGUUGAGCAUCUUCCCGUAGUGUGAUCAUGUGAAGUUCUUGAUUUGCAACAAACGUAUGAAAUUAACCCGAACUUUACUCCAGGCCCGGCGCCGUCCUUACGUUUCGAGAAGACAUCCCCAACGGGAAAGAGCUCGGAGCGGAGCACCUCCCAAGUUGUCGUGCAAACGCAGAUCGAGAAGUUUGUUAAGCAUCACGACGCCCUCACUCUGGACCGCCUCCUCGCCCACCCGACGCCGUUGCGGCUGCUCGACCUGGCGCGCCGCGCGAUCGUGAAGCUCAUCCCGAAAGACGGGGUGUUGUCCGAGCAGUCCGAGAGCGCGCUGCAGCUAAGACGGUAUCUGAAGUUGGUGGAGCGGGCGCUGCGGGCGCGGAAGAAGGUGGUGGGGGUCGAACUGGAACAGGCGAAACGGAAAAUGAUGAUCAAGAACCAGCAGGCUGAUUCAGAGUCAGAGGAAGACGCGGAGUGCCGCAUCGCUGUUGACGAAAUGGCGGAUAAGUUGAAGAAGAUGAAGGUCUCGGAAACGGAGAAGGAGGAGGGUCAUCAUAUUAGAAGCGGCCGUCCUGGGUUGACUCCUGCGGAUAGCCCCAGCACAGCAGGCUUAGAAAAAGGACAACUUCACGGGGACUCAUCUCCCGAUAAACCUUUGUCGUCCGCGCAGGAGCGAAAAGAUGGCAGUCAAAGGAGCAGCCCGGUUCGGCGCCGCGGUGGGGCUCAUGUUGAGGUUGACGGCGAUGUUGAUCAGAAUGCUGAAGAUGAUCCACAAUUGGACAAACUGACGAAGCGGAUGGGCACGCUGGGCCUUGCAGGAGCCGCCAGUUCUUCAGGAGCUUCUUCGGGAAGUGAAGUAGAUCCGGAAAAGUCGAAGAUUAAAGCCGUGGAAUCUCCGCACCAAAAAAAGCGCUAUGUUCUUCCAGACUCCCCGCCGCAGUGGCUGGAGCAGCUGUUUUCCGCGGACGCAGUGAAGAAAUACGUGGAGAAGUAUUUUGAUUUGCAGCAGAAAGCGGAGGUGCAAAACAGGGAAGUAGAAAACGAGGAGGGAGAAAUCCGACUGCACAUCAAACAAGCCGGGCUCAUGUAGUUGAGCAAAACCAAAAGCGAUAAAAAAUGAUACCUACGCUGCUUCUGCAAGAAGUUGUCUCGAUGAUGCAGGGGUAGUGAUAAAAAAGUGGACCACGAGACGAGGACCACGAGCAAGUACUUAACACAGGGCGGACAAUGACAAAUUUGCGGCCAUUCUGAAAUCUAGAGAUGCUUUUUUUUUUCCGCUUCGGUUCUCAUUCAUUCUCUAGAACAAAAGCACUAGAAGCACUAACAUCACUUCAACAAAAAAGCACUAGCACUAACAUCACUUCAACUUCGAGACGUGAGUCAGAAAAGAAAUAAAGCACUCGCUAUCUAUUGGAACGUUUGAGAUUGUAACCGUGAAGUGGUGUUAUUGGUUUACGUAACAAUAAGAAUAACAUCUACAUCAGCACUUCAACAGUGUGCAGACUAAUAUCGGACUUGCUCCGCGUCCGCUUCACAAGCACUGCCCUAGGAAGUAAUUCUGCUUUAGACUUGGUUCCAAGAACCGCCUUGUUGAUACAGCGUCACGCUUCGACCAAUGCAUGUCACUCAAGGUGGUCAAAAAGGUUUAUAGCCGCACAUUUAGAGAUCUACUUUGGGCACAAAACACGACAACCAUAGUACUUCUUGUUGAUAAUUACACACACGACAUGUCGAUACACACAUAACGAAAAGAACGAUACUAGUCUGUAGGCAAAAUAUGACGAGGAUAGAGAACAACAACAAAUAUAACGAGGACGAAGUCCUGCAUCUCGUCAACAUCGCGCUUGUUUCGUACGCAAAAUUUAGAAAGUGAACUAAAAAACAUAAUGACGGUUGUGAUCUACUUGGAUCAAUAACAAUAUGUUGACUCACGAAGAACAUCCAAAGGCGCAUGCGUGCGCGCAUUUGGACAUAGUUCAUACUUUUACCGAGAACCAGAAACACAUGCUUGACGCCGAAUUUGAACAUCGUUUCUGAACAAAAUCAAAACCUAACGAAGAUGAUAAAUGCAUCAUGGAACAACAACCUG